AUGUCCAAAGUCAGGACACACACAGGCGAUAAGCCAUACAAGUGCAAUGUCUGCCCCGCUGAGUUCAGCCAGAGUGGGCUCCUUCAGCGUCACAAGCAUAUCCACGAGGCCGAGAAGCCAUACAAAUGUGAUGUCUGCCCUGCGGAGUUCAGUCAGAGCGAGCACCUACAGCAGCACAAGGGGACACACACAGGCGAGAAGCCAUACAAGUGCAAUGUCUCCAGCUCUGAUCAAGCAGCUCUGAUCAUAUAUGCAAGAAAAAGUACUGAUACACUCCAUAUUAAGGACCAGCCCAGGGGUGAUAAAGAAUAUUCAGGUUGCUCUUCUUCAAAUACACAAUUCAAGAUCAGUACAACAACAGUCGAACUGAAGCCUGACGGCACUGUAGUAGUCGCCAUGAAUGACCAACCCGCUGAGCGACAUCGAGACCAGAGCAAGCCACGUGCACUUGCAUGCAUGUCGAAAGCCAGCCUCGAACGCCACAUGUUUGCACGCUGUCACAAUGAGUCUGAAAAGUGUUCCUCUCCUCCUCCAACGGAUGUUCAGAUGGGAGAGAAGGGUUCUUGCUGCAACAUCUAUCCCGCUGCAUUCUCGGGGUAUGGAAGUGACGAGAACCAUGUGGUGAAGUGUGCUGACAAGAGGCCAUACAAGAGCGAUGUCUGCUCUGCAGAGUUCAGCCUGAGCGGCAACAUACAGCACCAUAAGCGGAAAAAUUCGUGCAAGAAACCAUACAAGUGCGAUGUCUGCCCUGCGGAGUUCAGCCGGAGUGCUCUCCUGCAGGAUCACAAGCGGACACACACAGGCGAGAAGCCAUACAAGUGCAAUGUCUGCCUUGCGGAGUUCAGUCAGAGAGGGAACCUAAGGCGUCACAAGCAGACACACACGGGCGAAAAGCCAUACAAGUGCGAUAUCUGCCAAGCAGAGUUCAGCCAGAGCAGUUACCUACAGCAGCACAUGCGGACGCACACGGGCGAGAAGCCAUACAAGUGUGUUGUUUGCCCAGCCGUUUUCAGUCAGAGAGGGCCCCUACAGCAUCACAAGCGGGCACACACGGGUGAGAAGCCAUACAAGUGCGAUGUCUGUCACGCAGAGUUCAGGCAGAGCGGGAGCCUACAGCAGCACAUGCGGUCACACACGGGCGAGAAGCCAUACAAGUGCGAUGUCUGCCACGCAGAGUUCAGCCGCAGCUGGAGCCUGCAGCAGCACAUGCGGAGACACACAGGUGAGAAGCCAUACAAGUGCGAUGUCUGCCACGCAGAGUUCAGCCGCAGCGGGAGCCUACAGCAGCACAUGCGGACACACACGGGCGAGAAGCCAUACAAGUGCGGUAACGAGAACCACAUGGUGAAGCAUACUGAGAAGAGGCCAUACAAGACCGAUGUCUGCCCUGCCGAGUUCAGCCUGAGCGGGAACCUACAGCAGCACAAGCAAACAGAUUCAUGCAAGAAACCAUACAAGUGCGAUGUCUGCCCUGCGGAGUUCAGCCGGAGUUCUCACCUGCAGCGUCACAAGUUGACACACACGGGCGAGAAGCCAUACAAGUGCGACCUCUGUCCUGCAGAGUUCAGCCAGAGGGGGACCCUACGGCGUCACAAGUGGACACACACGGGUGAGAAGCCAUACAAGUGCGAUGUCUGCUCUGCGAAGUUCACCAGGGGCUGGCACCUAAAGCAGCACAUGCGGACGCACAUGGUCAACAAGCCAUACAAGUGCGACCUCUGCCCUGCAGUCUUCAGACAGAAUCGCAAACUGCGAAACAUGUGCAGUCUCUGUCCUGCAGACCUGAGGCACAGCACAAACCUGCAGUGGAACAAGAAGACCUACAUGGGUGUGAAGGCAUACAAGUGCAACCUCUCUGCUGCUGAGUUCGUGUAG